AGUUAAAUCAGAACAACGGUUUUCGGCUCGUGGCAUGUAUUAAACAUUCGUCAUAUCUGUCAAAUACUCUUGUUAUUAGUUUUAAGAUAAUCGAAGAGAAAUAUAACUGUAUCAGAAAUGAAGUCUACACGCGUGAAACCACCAGGUUCAACUCGUAAGCCAAACCGUCCAAAGGGUAAUAAUAUGUUAUCUAAAGAUCCAGUUCAAGUAUUUUGUCGUUUAAGGCCAAUGCAACAUCCUGCUGAUAUCUCUUGUAUGAAGCUUGUAUCUGACACAACUGUAAUUAUUACACCACCAGAAUCAGCAAUCAAUUUUCGUAAUUCCAAUAAGGAAAUCCAAACAAUAUUCAGUCAUGUAUUUCCACCAAGUGCGACACAAAAGGAUAUUUUUAACAUAGUUGCCAUUCCAUUAGUUGAAAAUGUCAUUCGUGGUAGAAAUAGCCUUUUAUUUACGUAUGGAGUAACAGGCAGCGGUAAAACGUACACCAUGACUGGUGAAGCGCAAGACGCAGGCAUAAUGCCCCGUUGCCUUGAUGUUAUUUUUAACAGUAUUGCCAAUUAUCAGACAAAGAAGUUUAUAUUCAAACCAGAUAAGUUGAAUGGUUUUGAUGUACAAGGUGAAGCUGAUGCGAUGCUUGAUAGACAAAAUGAACUUCAUGCUGGGCUUAUGUCGCAAAAAAAUGGAAAGUCUGGCAAGCCGAGGAAGGCGGAGUAUGACAGUGAUAGUAACCCAAUGGUGAUUCACGAUAUUGAGGAAUCACAAUUAAUACAGGUAGAUCAAGACACUGUCUAUGCAGUAUUUGUUACCUAUGUUGAGAUUUAUAACAACAGUGUAUACGAUUUACUAGAGGACGAGGAUAUUAGAAACAAGGCGUUGCAGAGUAAAAUAGUUAGAGAGGAUGGCAAUAAGAAUAUGUAUGUACACGGGGUAACAGAAAUUGAAGUAAAAAGUUCAGAAGAAGCAUUUGAAGUAUUCCAGCAUGGACAACGAAGACGAAGAGUUGCGCACACUGCGCUUAAUGCAGAAUCAAGCAGAUCACACAGUGUCUUUACUAUUCGUCUUGUACAAGCACCCUUAGAUGGUGAAGGUGAACAAGUUAUACAAGAUAAACGAGUAGUAUGUAUUACUCAGCUGUCUUUGGUAGAUUUAGCUGGUAGUGAAAGAACUAAUAGGACUAAAAAUACAGGUCAACGAUUAAGAGAAGCAGGAAACAUUAAUAAUUCCUUGAUGACGCUACGAUCGUGUUUGGAAAUUCUAAGAGAAAACCAGCUUCAGGGUACAAAUAAAAUAGUACCCUACAGAGAUUCAAAGCUCACUCAUUUAUUUAAAAAUUAUUUUGAUGGAGAAGGACAAGUUAGAAUGAUUGUUUGUGUGAAUCCAAGGGCAGAAGAUUAUGAUGAAACAAUUCAAGUGAUGAAAUUUGCGGAAAUGACUCAGGAAGUACAAGUAGCUAGACCAAUAAUUACAAAAGUAGAUCUUGGUUUUACACCUGGAAGAAGACAAGCAAAUAAGUUGUUCAAAGAGGCACGUAGUAAAUUAAAAAGAGAAGGCUAUCCUGAGGCUGAAGAUUUAGAAGUUGACGUUGGUUUAGUGUAUAAUUUAGGGGGUCCAUUUCCUGAAGAUAUUAAUUCUUCGCGUAACGAUGAAGUAAUUAAUAAUUUAAUACGGUUUUUGGAACAGCGCAUCAACAAACGGAAUGUACUACGUGCUGAUUUAGAACAAAAACAAAAUGAUCUUAGAAAAAAGAUAAUUACAAUGGAACAAGAACAUAUUAAGUUAAAAAUUGAAAACGCAUCUCUGAAAGCUGCGAAUUCACAACAAAACAAGAAGGUUUCUGCAUUAGAAGGUCAUUUAUGUAAAACUGAAGAACAAAUUGACAGCUUACUCCGAAAAUUAAAUAGCGCAAAUGAUACAAUUCGUUGCCUACAGCAAGAGUUGAAAGAUAGAAACAUGGCAUUAAAUCAACGUUUAAUAGAUAAGCAAAGGGUGAAACAAAAGUACAAUACCAAAAUGCAGGUAGAAACUGAUAAAAUGAAUAAGGAAUUAGAAGUCAAGUUACGUCAACAACGUGAAGAAUUACAGAAUCAAAUGAAAGAGAAGGAGAAUAAGUUAAGAUUAGUAAAGAAAAUUUUAGUUGAUGAUAAUGUAUCUGGUGCUUCUAAAGAUUGUGCAACACCUAGUUCAAAUUUUGUAGAAGCAACUCCAAAAACAGAGGGUCGAUCACGAAAAGAUAAAGCAGCUGUUGCGAACCCGAGAUAUAGACGAUCACAAAGCGCUGAUAAGUGGAUUGAUCAUAGGCCAGGAGCACUUGUUCCUGUUGGAACCGUUCUCCAACCUUUAAUGCGUAGGAGACGUAGCGUUACACGACUUACAAGUCCAAAAGAAAUAACAGAUGGUGCAUCUAGAUAUUGUCUGGUCGCGCAAGAACACGAUACCGAUGGUGAACUUGAAACGAAGUUAUUCAAGGGAGAUAUAAUACCUACUAGUGGAGGAGGUGCACAAGUUGUAUUUAAUGACAUGGAAUGUCUGAAACAACUAUCUCCAAAGGCAAGAAAACGUAGUGGUCCACAAGAUAUAGAAAAUGGAAAUGAAAUAGGCUCUUCAAAUCAUUCAUCUAUGCACGCAGAGUUCCAUUCCAAACGCCCACGUGUAGUAAAUUAAUAAAAAUAAUAGUAAUGGUAGAAAAAAUAUUAAUAUGAACAAUUAAGAAUAAUGAAAUGAAGUCAAGAAAUUUUUACACCAUAAUUGUAAUUU